AUGGCAAGAACCAAAAGCUCCCCCGUCAAGACAGGCACAUGUAGCGUCGCUGCCCCUUGCAACAACCGUCAAUGUCGCCAUGGCGCCCCGAAAAGGCGCUACAAGUUCAAGCCCGGCACAGUCGCAAAAAGAGAGGCCAUCGACAUGCAACUGUCCACGCAGCUGCUGAUUCGAAAACUCCCCUUCGCCCGCCUCACCAAGGAAGUGGUCAAGACCAUCCAAUACCCCCUCCGCAUCGCGUCUAAAGCUCUCGAAGCACUCCAAACUGCUGUAGAGAGCAGAAUUGUGGACAUCUUCAACGAUGCGGGAGAGUUCACCACCCACGCCAAAAGAAAGACGCUUCAAAAGCGCGACAUGGAACUCGCCCUGCGAUUGCGAGGACGACGAUAA